CGCACCGGCACCCUCGCCGACCAUCACCGUUUUGGAUCCCUACACCGGCUAUCCACAGGAAAUUUGAAUGUAAGUACCGACGUACAUGCACAAAGACAAACUGCAUCACAAAUUUCGCGAACUUAGUGCAUGCCUCGAAUUGUCAUGCUAGCUAGGAUCAUCGAAGGGGAAGGCAAGCUUUGUCAUGCAGAAAUCGCAUUUGUCUGCGUACAGGAAAUUUCCUGUGGAUACCGGCCGUCCGAUGUACACGACGACUGCGGGGGCCCCGGGGGCGCAAAAUGUUGUUCCUGCUCCCUACAUUGACCCCGUGACCGGGCUAUGGAUUGCAAAAGUAUGGCACUCGUAUAAAUGCAUAUACAAUAAAUUUUCUCAGCAUGAGAAAUGCAAUUUGUAAUGCGGAUUUGAGUUAACAAAAAGAUUUGUAAUGCAUGAUUGCAAUACGAAUACGAUGCUUUUGCACUGCAUACGGGCAGCAGGUGCAGGGUGUGGUGGCGCCGGGCGCGACGCCAACGAACACGCUGGUGUUUCCCCCCUACCCGCCGCAGGACGAACUCGACCCGGCCGUGGACAGUUCGUACGCAGACAGUCCAACCUACGGCGCCGCGGGCACCAUUCAGCAGAUUACCAACUACCACUACACCGGUCCGGGCGGCAUGUCCAGCUCUGGCGGCAACGCGGAGGGGAAGCAGAACGAGAAGAACAGCGGGGGCGGCGACCUGUCCGUCAACGGGGACGAGGAGGAGGAGAAGGUGCCGUCCUAUCAAAUGCAAAUAUUAUGUCUUUGUCUGGAAGCAGGUUGGCUGGGAAGUUUGUCAUGCGCAUUGUACAGGAUCCGCGGUCAUGCCAGUGAUGCAUACUCUACUAGAGUCACAGCUUUCAUCUUCACGAAGUCUUACUCAUGCCUAUGUGCCCUGAAUGAGAAAUGCCCUCUCCGGGCGGCAAAAAUCUGCGUACGAACUUUGCUGCUCAUGAUGAAGUACAAGUCUUGGCAAUAUGAUGCAAAUUUACCAUCACAAAUCCAAUGCUUUCGAGCCCUAGGUAUAUUUGCAAUGCAUACGUCCUGGGCGAAGGCGAUGGUGGCCGACGUGCAGCGCAUGAAGGACGCCGCGGCGACGGCGGCGGCCGCGCAGGGCAAAAGCCAGCCCAUCGACAUCAAAGUGGACAACGGCGGCGCCCAACUGCCCCCGCCAGCUCCUCCUCCGCCACCAAUUGUGACCCCCGCGCCCUCGGGCGGUGCGAACGCGAAGAUGAUCGGAGACAUGCUAGCCGCCAAGAUCGAGGCGCUGCGUGCCCGCCUGGAGGCGAAAGCGGGCGUGACCGGGGCGGCCACCUCGGCUGCCCAGCAGGCCGCAGGGAGUGCGGCGAAGGCAGCUGCAGCGGCAAGCGGGGCUCAAACCGCCGCGGGCUAUCAAAUGCAAAAAUGUCUGGAUCUGGAAGAAUGCAACUUGUAAUGCGUAUUUCAGAACACAGAAAUGUCUCUCAUGCAUACGCAGCAAAAGCUGCCCACUUUCUGUCAGCAAAAUAGGGGACUUGUCAUGCGGAUUCGGCAUUGCGGAAGCUUCUCGAAACCUGUGAUGCUAGAGCUUCCAUGCCAGACCUUCUGUGUCAUGCAAAAACAGCAUGACUCUUCCAGACCCAGACACUUUUACAUUUGAUACGGGCAAGGCCGCUGCGAUCAGCGGACUGUCGAACGCCGUCGGCGGUUAUCCAGGAAAAAACACCCAUCCCCAUCCAAUUUGUGAUGCAAAACAUGCAUAAAAUCCACUAUUUGUCAUGCAAAAAAUGGAUGGGGAUGGGUGUUUUUCCUGGAUAGCGGUGCUGCCGGCGCGCUCGCGGGCGCAGCGGGCGGGAUCCAAGCUGGCCAGGCGGCGGGUGCCCUCGUGGCCAGUCAGUUUCCGUUCGGGUACUAUCCCUUCUAACAAACAAAAAAGUGCAUCUACGUUCACGGUUAUUUUCACAGCAGAAGAUCUCGUGCGGUAGAAAUUUUGCCUUCUUCCAUGCAUUCUAUGCAAGACAGAUAAUUUUGGGCACCUUUUCCGAUGCAUUACUGCAUCACAAAUUCCGUUAACGUGAAGCGCUUUUUUCUGUGAUACCUUCCCGCAGAAUGGCACGACGGUGAACGUAAAUCCCGUAAUCACAGUGCAGGGGGCAAAAAUCAACGGAACGAAAGCAGUAUGAAUUGCAAAACUAUCGUACUCGUAUAAAUGCAUUACAAGUUUCCUCAGCGUGAGAAAUCAAAUUUGUGUUGCGGAUUUACCUUAGGAAAAAGAUUUGUGAUGCAUAAUUGCGAUUACUACGAGCACGAUACUUUUGCACAGGAUGAGCCGAGUCUGGUGGAUCCACUUCCAAGCCAACGAUCAAUGACCAGGACACAGACAACAGCCAAGACAACGAUCAAGACAACGACCAGGACAAUGAUCAGGACAAUGAUCAGGACAACCACAACGACAGUAGCACGUCGACCUCUACGAAGACCAAGAAAGGCGGUGGAGGUGGGCCGCUUGCGAAGGCCGCGGCUACCAUAUUACAAUGAAAAAUGCCCCCAUCCCAUACUCAAACUAGAAAUUUGUGAUGCAGAUUUGUGGUCACAAAUCAGCUUUGUCGUGCUAGAAGGGAAAAGGUGCGGACUGUAGUGCGGGUUGGCGUGGGAAAGCCUUGCAUCUUCAGCAUGACAGGGGGAAGCUGGAAGUGGGAAACAGCAUGACAAAUUGCCUGCAAACGAGGCCACAGCUGCGUCUCUUGGCCUUCUAGCAUUACAAGGCGACUUGUGCACUCAAAUUCAAAUACAGCAUCACAAAUUUCAUUUUCGAUAUGGGGAGGGGGGAUUUUUCCCUUUGAUAUACCACAGACCCCGCCUUGCUCGGGGCGAUCAAUGCACUGACGUCCACCGUCGCGAACAUGAAUGCCCUGGCGAACAAGCAAGCCGCAAAAGCUAUCCUGUGCGAGUGUAUCGUACUCGUCCUAAAACUAAUUGCAAAUAUGCAUGACAAAUUGUCUUCCUGAGGUAAAACAGCACUACAAAUUCCACUCCUCUUGUUCGUGCUAAAAUUUGUAAUGAAAUUUAUACUAGUUCUAGUACGAUACUUUUGCAAUGCAUAAAAGCUGCAGCGCCGCAAAAUCCCCCGGCGCAGGGGAAUCUCCAACCGCAUGAAGUGGUCCAGCUGAACGCCAUAUCCUGUGCAAAAGUAUCGUACUCGGAGUUAUCGCAAUCAUGCAUUACAAAUUUACUUGUUAAGGUAAAUCCGCAUUUACAAAUUCCAUUUUUCAUGCUGAGGGAAUUUGUCAUGCGAUUUAUACUAGUACGAUGCUUUUGCAUUGCAUACGCCACCCGGACUUUGAUUCGUGCCGUUAUGGAGUUGUUGCGGCAGACGCAGGACAUCGGAUCCGCCCAAGCGGCCAUGGCGAGCGGCGGCAAGCUUCCGGCGGGGGCCGCGAUGGCGGCGCCGACAGCAGUGAAGCAGGUCCUAGAUGUAUCCUGAGCAAAAAUGCUCCCACUCCAGAGUUGUAGUCAUGCGGAUUUGCGAUUGCAUUUACACUUACGCGAACGCUUGCACUGCGCAUCUCGGACAAGAGACGCAUUUGCGGUCGUGUUUUGGCCUUUGUACUGGUACAAACAGGAUAAGGAGAUCAUGGCUGAUGCGGAUUUCCUUACUAACCUGCUUGCACUACAAUAAAACUUUUCAUGUGUGGCUUCCAAAACUUCAGGGCUUGUGUUGCAGAGUUGCCAACUUGGCUACAGGAUGGGGACGUUUUUACACAUGAUAAGACGCCACAGCGUCUAACGAACAGCAGAUCGCGGCGACACAGGGCGCCGUCGAGCGUUUGGCUGCCGCCUUGAAAAACAUGGGCGGUGCGGGCGGCGCAAACAGCUUCACGGUCGAGGUGCUGCGGCAGCUGAUGCAGCAGCUGCGACCCUUCAUGUCGGUGAUGAAGAUGCUAGAGUCCGCUGUGGGGCCGUUGAACGAAAACCAGCUGAAGCGGUUUCUGCAGUCGUUGAUCGACGCGAUUUUGCGGGGAACGGGCGGCGGCGGCGGCGGGGGCAUCACCUACAGCCCACCGCAGCAGGUGAUUGGCGCCGGCGCGCCCAUCACGAACUUGUCCGAGUUAGAGGCCGCUGUGUUCGAAGACUUCGAGCCUCCGGGCGGUGGGGACGCGAAAAGCAAAGCCACCGGCGAAGGAACAACGGGAAAGGUAGUCGUACCAGCUGGCGGCGGAGGAGCGACUACGAGUGCAACCACUAACUUGCAAGAAGUGAAGAAAGAGUUGCUUUCGAAUCAAGAAGUACAAGGCACGACCGCCGCAGCGGAUGCGACAAGAAGCAAAAAAGAAGCACUUGAUUCCAAGGCCCCCGACGGAAGCGGAGCGACGCAGGAAAAUAAAGACGAACCGACUACAGUGUCGCUUGCCGUGAAAAUCAGUAACUUCGACGAAGGUCGUGCGGCCUCCGAUAAGCGUGGCAACAUUAAACACUCUACGGAAGCAGGAGCACAGGGAGAAGCUCUUGCAGCUUCAUCGCAGCAUUCUGAUACCACCGCAAAGAAGAUGAAUGCGCGCGACCAGCAAGAGCAUGAUGGUGCUCUUAGUGCUGGCGCUGCAAAUAACAAGCCAGACGCACUCAAAGCGGAUGAGGGAGACGAGAACAAAAGCAAGGCUGCCGACACUGUCGACGAUGUUGACAGAACUAGUGCGUCGAAAAUACCAAAGAAGAUUGAGCAGAAAUCCGCUGACGACCCUGACGUGAUUGAUUCGCUCGACAUGCUGGAUGAGGCUGCGGAAGAGCAGCUUGGCAUUGGCUACGACGACGCUCUGCCGGCAGGAGGAGAUGACCUGUAUGAAAGUGCACAUUUCCCCCUUCCCCUCAUUUGUCAUGCAAAAUGCCAGACUCACCCUUAUUUGCUUGUUGUUGUUUGCACUGUUUGCAUGACAGACUCCGGAAUCCAAAACAGCAAUGCAAUCCUCUAGGAACAAUUUGCCAUGCGAAAGCUGCAUCUUUGCCAGCGCUUGCGUUGCUUUUUAUGCAACACAAAUGAGCGGGAGGUGGAGUUGUGCACUCUUAUAACCUACUUCCUGCAACCGGUAGUGCACCUAGUACGAUAAAGCCGCUUUCUACGAGCAGCUUGUACACUCCGGCUAGUACCUCCAAAGCGGCCAGUUCCAAGGCUGGACACGUCAUCCAUGCAGAGGACCUGUCCGCAGCUACACCAGCCGACGGCGAAUCAGCCUCCGCGGCGACGUUUUUACAACCGGACGAGGAUGCAAUGGCUGGGCCUUCGUCUGCAGAUCACAGGGAGAAUGAUGAUGCUGGUGGUCCUUUUCCGGACAAGACGGUCACGCUCGGCGGAAAUCAAAAGAAGGCCUCCUCUUCCUCGGAGGCAGCCUUAUCCGCUACUCCUUCGCAAGUAGGACCUACUCCUCCCAUGUCCAGCUCGUCGCCGAAUCCAGUUUUCACGGAAACUGGGCGGAGAGUAGUGUUGGAAGCCCACGAGGACGACCAGGGAAAAAGAAAUACACCGAAAGCGGAUGACGUUGUUGUAGUCGACGAAACAGAAGCGAGGAAAAUCAAAGACGCACUGGUGGCCGCUGGAACUACGACCAGUGGUCCGGACCACGAGGCAGCGGCUGCAACACCACUGGAGCCGCGGGGAGCAGCCCCCGGGCAGCCAUCAAGCGACCAAGCGUUAUUUCCAUCCCGAAGGAAUGUGGAAACUGCUAGGGUCAGCAGCAUCAAUAUGGAAACCGAGCAAAAGCAACCUACGAGGCCACAAGAUGGUGUCCCGGUGACAGCAGCACACAGUGGAACAGAUGAACCUGCUGAGCGCGUAUUUGAAAAAGCACACGAAGAGAACAUCGCGUUUUCCGCGGCGGUGCAAGAAGGGGACGAGCAGAAAAAAAGGCAGACUGAGCAGGAGGAAGCAAGCUCUACUGCCGCAAACGCAGUAGUUGUUUCUGCGGGACGAAAGAGAUUCAGGCACGCCCAGCAGAUCGUCGUUACGACCAAGAAAAGCCAGACGGUGCCAAAUUCGAAAGAACUAGCGACGAUGAACAGUGAAAUUCGGAGGCUGGAACAAAGGCAUCAAGAUCACAUUCAGCGGGCUCGGGAAAAAGGAACAAAGCCAGACUAUUGAGAGGAAAAAUCCCCCCUCCCCAUAUUGAAAAGGCAUGUUUCCGAAAAUUUGCGUUGCUGAUUUGAGAUCACAAAUCGCAUUUGUUUUGCAAGAAGACAAGGGCAGAGCCAGAAGCUUCCGCCCCAUUAUGGAAGCGAUUUGCCAUGCUGUUGGGCCUAAAGGGGAGCCAUUUGCCAUGCUGAACAACUAGACGCGUACGCCCCUCCCUAGCUUGGGGAUCUGACCGCAGUGCUUUCCUGCAAUACAAAGUACCCAAAUCCAGCAUCAGAAGUUUCGCUUUGAUAUGGGGAGGGGGGUUUUUUCCUUCUGAUACAGACGAGGCCGGAACAUCAAAAGGCGACGCGACUGGAGACAAGAAGAACGACGAGAACCAUCAAAAGCCCGAGAAAAUCGUGCUGCUGAACGAAAAGAUACAGCUGCUGGAAAAGACGGCCGAGCAGGAUAUGCUGUGCAAAAGUAUCGUACUCGUAUAAAUGCAUUACAAAUUUUGAGCAUGAAAAAUGAAAUUUCUAUAUGCGGAUUUACCUUAGCAAAGGGAUUUGUAAUGCAUGAUUGCAAUACGAGUUCGAGUACGAUACUUUUGCACAGGAUACAGGAGCAAAAGGAGCAGAAGAGGGCGGAGGAGGACCAUAAAAUGAACUCACUAAUGGUGAAAGGCAGUAACGAGGUCGAGCAGGUAGAGGAAGAAGCUUCGUCUUCGGCUGCGGCGGGAGGUAGUGGGGGAGGUCUUGAGACUUCUACUCCCAACGAAGAGCCCACCUCUCCGACCUCCGCGAGUGCAUCAAGGCCAAGAAUUCCAGCAGAAAAGGCACAGGCGGAAAAAGAGCUGCACUUGAUGAACGUUAAGGCGUCAGCAGCGGGCCGGCAGUAUCUCCAAGAAUAUCUACUGCAAACAUCUCUGGGUCAGGAAAGACGGAGGCUGUGAUGAAUAUGCUAGUCCUACACUCGGACUCCUGUAUGUAGAAAAAGUUGUGGAAAAAUUUAUGGCAUGGUCAACAAAAAGAUACCCUUUUUUGUUUAUACAAAUGAAGCGCAGGCCCAGGCUCUUAUGCGGACUGCGCAUGAGAAAGUGUUCUGCAAACUUGUCAUGCUUUGCCGCAUUCGGAAGUAUUAUAUUUCACUCAUCUGCACUUGAGCAUCACAUGUUUCCAAACCCACACAUAUUUGCAGUUGAUAAAGAAGCGGUAGAAACGAAAACUGGCGGGGAGGCAAGAAAAAAUACAGCGACGCAAGACCAAGCGAAAGCAAGGACUGAAGAAAGCUCACACUCUUUAUCCAAGAAAAAAACUGUGUUUGUGUAGUGGUGCAGGCGUCUUUUUAGGAGACAGCUUGACAAAUUUGCGCUGCAUUACACUCGAAGCAUGCCAUUCGCAGUUUUUGGGGCGUGAAAUUACAUUCGAAAAGACAAAGAGGACUCCAGCAUGACAAAUGUAACCGUGUCGGUAAGUCGGUAACUUUGCAUUGCAGACUUACAACUACACAUUAUUGUCUUGCAUAUUCUGCGUCGACGUCCAGUGGGCAGCUGCAGCAGCCGCCGGCUUACAAGAACCCGCGGGCAGUCAAUGAGCAGGUCCAGCAAGCACGAGCGGCACGAAAACUGCAGAAGGAGAACAAGGUGCUGCAAACUAUGGCCAAGCACCUACAGUUAUCCUUUGCAAUAAAAUAGGUCUGGGUCUCCGAGCCAUCCGCAGCCAUGAUAUAUCAUGCAGUUGUUGAACCUGCAACAAGAAGUUCGUUGCUCUGGAAAGGAAUGCACGCGGAGGAAGAUGACAAGAACCGCGGACGAGCAGGCUUCUUGAUGCCGAACCUGCAUGAGAAAUAGUGCCCUUCUCGUCGAGACAGAAAACACGCAGACGCACACUGUUUAGUUGCUGACAAAUAUGCAAGACAGAUCUACUUUGUCCUGUCCAUUCGACGCUCGGCAUCAGAAGGCACAGCAUGAUAGUUCCAGAGCCAGACAUAUUUGCAAUGCACAACAGGCGCAACUGCAGAUGGCCGCGGGCGGGGGGCCGAGAGCGGGACUGCGCUGAGACUGCGACGGUUGGAAGUGACGUAGGAGAACGAGUGUGGAGGAGAAUUAUCCCAUUACGAAAAGCCAUGACGAACACACGCGAAGACUAAAUCUCUUGCAGCACAUCAAAAUUUGACUUCCAUAUAAGAUGCUCAUUCAUGCAUUUAUUUUCCCUUGUCGUUUAUAAGGAUGUGCUGGCAUCAUGCUGCAAGCCCACGGCCGCUGCUUGCAGUUUGGCAAUGAAGGCAAAAAAAUUUAAAAAGUUAGAGAUACAUCAUGAUGAAACUCAGGGGAGACAAGACCUAGAAAAUGCUUCGCUCUUUCCGUCGUGGUUUAUCAUGCGGAUAUCAGAACAAAAGAUCCAGAUAAAAAUUCACGGGAGCCUCCUGCUGUUUUUAACCUUAUUCAACAGAUGAAAUUGAAACUAGAUUUAGGUUUGAUUUUUAGCACCAAAUUUCUUGUUUAGAGCUACUUAGCAAAAAAAAACCGAUAACAGAAGAUACAAUCGAAUGACCAAGUAGACCGAUUUUUUUCACUCCUAGCAAAAAUCAAAGCGCUCAAGUAUUUACUCUUUUAUGACAUGAGCAUCAGACCAAAUCCAAAAGUUGCACUUUGAAGAAAGAAUCCAAGAACAAGAAGAUCAUCAUGCUUCGUUUCCGUUUCGCAUUGAUAUAGUACAGCUACCGCGAACAGAUAUAGAUUUUUUUCCUAGAAGACCUGGUAUAAAUUGCGUAAUAUCAUUCAACACAGUCACAGCUUGCUUCUUUAUCGGUGAAAACCACCGCUGAGGGAUCAAAAACAAAGGCACAGUUUUUACCUUUGAUCAAAUUCUAACUUUAUACGAAAAAUAUAACAAUUCGUAUUCUUUUUCUAUAUCGUUACUGCAGGAAAGUAAUUCGGAUUCAUCAUCUUCCUAGAAGAUCAAAAUCAUUGUGAUGUCAUGCGUGUUUCUUGUAUCUGUAGGUAUGUUUUUUCUCAACAAAAAUGAUCCAUGUCAUCUUCAAGUUACCGCUUCAAUAGCGGGCAAACAUAACACUCAACUUGUAUAAUUCACAUGUUUCUCCGCUUAUUCAUCGAAGACGAAGACCAAACCUGGGUCCAUGCUUUGAUAAUUAAACACAGGUGCCACAAUGCGAAGUCACGACAAAAGCGCGAAGUCCGAACUCACUACAACAGUGAGAUAAGACAAGAAAAACAAAAUGAAACGCAUGGUGAUCAUCUAUAGAUAGUCUGCUGUGCGCGCACUAGCGACGAAGAUGAUGACAGAUCAUUUACUACAUUUCAUCCGCAGUGAAUAUUAUCGUGCGAAAAAAGUGUAUCACUUUCACUGUAGCGAGUUAAUUGCGAGGUUUGCAACUACACAUUUUUGAUGAUCUGCAUGUCAGCCUAACAAGAAAAUUUGUCAUGCAGCCUCCCUGAGGGAAUAAAAAAACGGAGACACAGCCUUAGCUCCAGCAUUCUUUUGCAUAUGUCGAAAGACGAGCACUUCUGUGUUGCACCUUCUGCAUUCGUUGACCGUGAAACACUUUUUUCGCCGGAUAUUUCUCCUGUGUGAGAAUUUUCCUCGUGUCGGAGCUGUGAUGACACGACGCGACAGGAACUGUGGCUGCAGCAUGACGCGGGCGCAAAAUUAUGGCAUCUUCGUCUUGCAAUUACUACAUUCGGUUUGCAAACAGAACUCCAAAUCUGCUUCAAAAAUCCCGUUUACUGUAACUGUCUCCGGAGCUCUGCUAGGAUUGAAGUGCUUCUUGUCGCAUGAUCUGCAUUGCUGAACUACCGGCGUACAUCAUAAGUACCGGCACUAUUCAUUUUGCAUGGGGAAACGAAAGUGUCAAUGUCAUACAUAGCCGCAGCCAGGUAAGAAAGCAAAUCUAUGCCAUUCGUACGACACGAGCGAUAAUUAUGCACUGGAUAUUGGUUUUUGGGCGAAGCAAGUGUCUACUUACUACUACCUCCCUGGUGGCACUGAUGGUCGUCGUUGGCCUUACGUUGCUGAAGAGCUAGAUUAGGACUUUAAAGUACCCAUGCGGCGAGAUCGACAUGAUGCAAAUGCCAAAAAAUAAAAUCAAGCAAGAACUCGCACACAAAUAAGCAAGUCGCUCCCUCAAGGACCCGAAACGACGGCAAGAGGAGGCAUUUCGUCC